UCUUUCAAAGAAAGGUCGAGAAGCGCGUGAUGCACGCGCCCCUCGUUGUUAAUUUUAUUUACUUCUUAGUUUUCUUUUCCUUAGCAGGAGACAAUGGAACGGCCAGGGCGACGUCGUUUGAGUCAUUCUUGAUAUCUUACUUUGUUCUCUAACGUUGGUUUCUCUCUCUCUUUCUCUCGCUGUGAUCAUCAAAAACCCAUGUUUCCAGAUUUAACAUGUUGGGAUUUGGUGAGGAAGAACUCACCACAGAGAGCAACGCAAUUCCAUGCCUGAUUUUCACUCAACUACUUGUUCUUCUUCUCCUCUUUGUACUUCUCUUUUUCUUUGUCGUCUUCCCUUUGGAUCCCGCCGACAACCUUAUCACCGCCGGCACCACUUCUCCGUCGACCUCUUCCAAUUUCUUCCUCUUCGAUGCUAUUCGGCAGAUUGAGUUACCGCAGCCUGUUCACGAUUCAUCGCCCUCUCAUUCAACAACCACUCCUCAAUACCGUUUGCUGCAGGAGAUAAGAGAAGUUUGUUGCCGGUCUGGAAGAAAUUAUUUUGAUAAUAAGAAGAAACAAGGGGUGGGGAGAAUGUAGUUAUAAAAGGAGAAAUAAAAAGGGGUGGAAGCAUGAGGGUGGAAGAAGAGAUUGUAGAGGAAGGGGAUUCAUCAUCAUCAUCACUGUAUUUUCAGCCAUGCCAUUAUCUUCAGUUAGCCUCGGUAGCAUUUCUCAAAUGUUUCGGCCUGGAUUCUUCAUCUGAUACACCUUCAACAAAGAGUAGAAAAAGAAAACAGAGCUGAUUAUAGAAAUUAUGUAAUUCUUAUCAUUAUUAACAAUUUUCUCAAUCAAUUCUCUUGUUGCCCUGCA